AGCUUAUCUUCAACACGGUGCUUUCUGUUCUUCCUCUGACUGGAUACAUUUUGGACCAAAAAAUUCAUUAGGAUAUAUUCUGGCUGACGAAGGAUACGAUGUGUGGAUGGGCAACACAAGAGGUAAUACAUAUUCACGAAAUCACACUAUCCUUAAUCCUGACACCGAUGUAGAGUUCUGGGAUUACACAUUGCAUGAAAUGGGUGUCUAUGAUAUUCCAACGAUAAUAGAUCACAUUUUGGAGAAAACAGGUACUGACGGCGUUCAUUACGUCGGGCAUUCACAGGGGUCAACAGUAUUCUAUGUGAUGGCUUCAAUGAAACCAGAGUAUAAUGAAAGAAUAAAAACUCACAUCAGCUUGGCCCCAAUUGUUUACCUUAGCCACUUGAAAAGCCCUAUCGUACGUGUUUUGGCAGCUUCAGAAAAACUUUUCAGUGAAUUAUUUAGACGAGCCGGAGUUCAUGAACUUCUUCCAAAUCGUGGAGAUUUAGUAACAAUAGCUAAAGAGGUGUGUCCCUCAAUAAUAGGAAAUGUUCUCUGUCAGAAUAUUCUCUACAUGCUAGUUGGCUUCAGUCCGAAACAGAUGAAUUUCAACCGAGUACCUUUAGAUCACAUGCCAGCAGGAACUGGAACGAAAGUAUUUAUGCAUUUCAUUCAGGAAAUAAAAUCGAAGAAAUUUUGCCAGUAUGACUACGGGAGAUCUGGAAACAUGAAAAAGUAUGGCCAAACUUCACCACCGAAUUACAAUCUGAAGAAAAUCACAGCGCCGGUGUAUAUUAUAUAUUCUGAGAAUGAUAUGUUAGAUGCAACUGAAGAUACUGAGGAGCUUUUCGAAGAACUUCCUAAUCCCCAAGAGAAAUUGUUAUUAACGGAUAGGUUGUGGGGGCAUCUUGAUUUUUUGUAUGGUAGAGAUGCCCCAAAGUUUGUAUAUAAUGAAAUUGUCAGGAUUUUCAGUCAACAGUGAUUAUUCCAGUAUUACUCAUGGUAAAAUUUUCUUGAACAAAAAAUUGUUCGGUGAUACCAACUGUGCCACCUCUGAAUUUCAUUGAUUGUAAAUAGCAUUUUUACAAAUUGUUUCAAUAAAAUUGAAAAAUUCUGUUGGAA